CGCUCCGCCCGCGGCUGCCCCCGGCACCUCCCCACGCCCCCCCGGCCGGGGCGCGGCUAUAAGGAGCGGCGGGCGCGGAGGAGGCGCUCGGCGGCGGCGCGGAGCGGCGGGCGCGGCAGCGGCUGCAGGUCUGGGGACAUUGGUGGCAGCAUGCGCCUGCUGCGGGCCCUGCUGUGCCUCUGGCUGCUGGCCCAGGUGGCCCUGGCUUCCCGGGUACGCACCCGCCGGGAGCUGGCCCCCGGCUUGUACGAGCAUGGGGUCUACGAUGCCGGUGGGUCCUACUGCCAGCAAGGGGACGUCUGCUGCCACGGCCGCGACGACGGCUGCACCGUGCCCUACCACGACACCCUCUGCUACUGCGACCUUUUCUGCAACCGCACCGUCUCCGACUGCUGCCCUGACUUCUGGGAAUACUGCCUGGGCAUCCCGGCCCCCUUCCCUAAAGCCCCAGGCUGUGCCCGCGCCAGCCGCAGCUACCCUACUGGAGCCACCUACCAGGAGAACUGCAACCUGUGCACCUGCAGCCCCAACGGGCAGUGGCAGUGUGAAGACCAUGCCUGCCUGAUGGAUGGGGAGCUGAUCGAUGCCAUCAACAAGGGCAAUUAUGGCUGGAGAGCCGCCAACUACAGCCAGUUUUGGGGCAUGACGCUGGAGGAUGGGAUCCGGCACCGCCUGGGCACGUUCCGGCCCUCUCCCACCGUCAUGAACAUGAACGAGAUGCAGAUGAACAUGGACUCCAACGAGGUGCUGCCUCGCCACUUCGAUGCAGCCGCGAAGUGGCCGGGGAUGAUCCACGAGCCCUUGGACCAGGGCAACUGCGCUGGUUCCUGGGCCUUUUCUACGGCGGCUGUCGCCUCGGACCGCAUCUCUAUCCACUCCAUGGGACACAUGACACCCGCCCUGUCACCCCAAAACCUCCUGUCCUGCGACACGCGCAACCAGCGGGGCUGCAGCGGAGGGCGGCUGGACGGCGCCUGGUGGUACCUCCGCCGGCGAGGGGUGGUGACGGAUGAGUGCUACCCCUUCACCAGCCAGGAGAGCCAGCCGGCGGCACAGCCCUGCAUGAUGCACAGCCGCUCCACGGGCAGGGGCAAGCGGCAGGCGACCGCACGCUGCCCCAACCCCCAGACCCACGCCAACGAGAUUUACCAGUCCACCCCUGCCUACCGCCUCUCCUCCAGCGAGAAGGAGAUCAUGAAGGAGCUGCUGGAGAAUGGCCCCGUGCAAGCCAUCCUGGAGGUGCACGAGGAUUUCUUCAUGUACAAAAGCGGGAUCUAUCGGCACACACCAGUGGCUGAGGGGAAGGGGCCGAAGCACCAGAGACAUGGGACCCAUUCGGUCAAAAUCACCGGGUGGGGAGAAGAGCAGUUGCCUGAUGGCCAGAUCCAAAAAUACUGGACCGCAGCCAACUCCUGGGGCACAGCGUGGGGCGAGGGCGGCCACUUUCGCAUCGCCCGCGGCGUCAACGAGUGCGAGGUGGAGACCUUUGUGGUGGGCGUCUGGGGCCGCGUCAGCAUGGAGGACAUGCCCCACAAGUGACCCCCCCACAGCCCUCCCACCCCGGGGCCCCCCAGCCCUGCAGAUGUCCUUGUCCCCACGAUGGCCCUGCCCAGCACCGCAGCCCCUCCGUCCCCUCCUGGGGGUACCCGUGGGGUGGGACACCCCCCUCCCCUGCCACGCAGCCCUGUGCCGCCAGCCAAGGGCAUGGGACUGUCCCCUGGGUCCCCAUCCCUGGGGGCUGCGUGCCCCCCCUGUGCUGACGUGGCGGCUGGGUGCAGCGGUGCGUGCACGGGGCAUGUGGCCGGGGGUGCCCGUGGGAUUUACCCGCUAAUCCCCCCGCCCCGGGCUCGGCUCGGCUUCGGUGGCUGCCGGGGGCUCUUCAAAGCUGGCUGCUCCCCCCCGGCCCCAGCCAGCACUGGGGGCUUCACCCCCCCUCCCCCCCCUGCUGCUGGCACGUGUGUGGGGCUGGGGGCACACUGCUGGGACCCCCAGGGAUCCUGCCCCCCCUGAGCUGCUGCCCCCCCCCCCCCCCCCCCCCGGCCGCCCUGGAGCCAGAGGAGUGAAAUAACCCAGCGGUGCCGGGGGGGUUCACCAGUGCCCCCCAGGGCUGGGUGUUGGCGCUGGGGGUCAGGAGGGUGCCCCCACUGUCCCCCCUGCCCCUUCCUAUGGUGCUAUGGCCCCUACCACCCCCUCUGGGGACUGUGGGGAUGGGGGGGGGGGCGCGGGGCUCAGCCCUGCAGUGUCCCCGUCCUGGUGGGGCCACAACUUGGGACCACACAUCAGCAGAGUCUGACCCCCCCCCGCCCCCGACCUCCCCCAGGGCUGUACUUUUAAGACUUCGUAUUUAUUUUGCUUUUUAUUAUUUGUAAAUAAACUUAUUGAAGCCUGA